UAUGCCUGUCACAUUUUGUACUAAAAUAGUCCCUGUAAACCUCCCGUAGGGCUCAAAAAGAUCCAAAAAAGACACACAAAUACGUAAAAAAAAGAUUAAAUGUACUCUGUGAGCGAAAAAGCUAAUAAAAAUCCUGCAGGAGCCGUCACAGGGGUGUGUACGGUGACAGGUCACGGGGCUGCUGACUACCGAGCAGGUUCGAGUGGGUGUGUGAAGUGAAUUCCGCGGAGGGAUAUGGCGCUGAUGUCACCUCUGCUACCUACACCCUACAAAGUUAUGCUGUGUCCGAACUAGAAGCCAUAACCUCCCAGCAGAUCCGUCGUAGUCACACACACCGCUCUCGUAUAUGAGUCACCAUGGCUUUGUAGACCUGCACGACCACAAAACAAGUGUGCGAAUGCACUUGUGCUGCAACAACAUAACCGCAAAGAUGGCGUCUUUUAUCCCCUCUGCGCCUUCCGCUGCCAUCUCCAGCUGGAAUCGUGCUCCCGAACAGUUCUCCGGCCUAAACCUGAAUAAUUUCGGUCGAAAUGUCCCUCCUGGCAGCUUUGAACCUGGAUCUGGAGAUGUCGAUGAUGCCAGUUAGCACUCUGCACUGGCGGGCGGAUCUCCUUAAGAUCCCUGCUCAUGGAAAUCACUAUGAACAGCUUCCAGUGCACAUGGAAGACGGGGUGAAUAUGCACGGGGCUGAAGGAGGAUGCCUGGCAGGGGAUGGAUUCACGGACUGGAUGACGGAAAGGGUGGACUUUUCAUGUUUCUUGCCAGCAGCGGCGGAUCCAUCCUUGCCAGGGCCUCCUGCCCCGGACUUGGAGGUCAUGGCAACUCUCCUAAAAAAGGAGUUGGAGCAGAUGGAAGAUUAUUUCCUAGAGGAGACCCUCUCCCCUGGGCUUCCAAUGCCUCAUGACCAAGUGGCCCCCAGCACCCCGCCUUCUCAUGAAGUCCACUUCCUCUAUCCAACAUCUGAUCAACAACUUAGUGAUAGAGGAGUAGAGUUCCAGGCCUACAUUGCAGAAACACCAGCUCCUGCCCCCGUGGCACUGGACACACUGGAUUCUGGAUGCCUCGAGCUCCUGAACCUAUACCCAGAUGUUCCAAGUGAUUUCCCUCGAGAAAAUCAGCAGGAUUUUAUGGCGAUUACCAACCACACUGACCCGCCAGCACAAUCAAAACGACUCCACAGGCCUACCCCAUACGACCGCCCCACCACUUCAGCUGCCAGCUGUGCCACCUCACACCAACCAAGAGGUGACCGAAAGCAGAAGAAGAGAGACCAGAACAAGACAGCGGCACUUCGAUACCGCCAACGGAAACGUGCAGAAUAUGACGCGUUGGAUGAAGAAUGUCAAGGCCUCGAAGUCCGCAACAGAGAGUUGAAAGAGAAGUCUGAUUCGAUUGAAAGAGAGAUCCAGUAUGUAAAAGAUCUACUAAUCGAGGUCUACAAGGCCAGGAGUCAAAGGCUCCGCAGUAACUAGAUGUCCAAAAGAUAACACAAACUUUAUUAUGGAAAACAAGUUCCAGCCUGAAACACCGGACAUGAAAUUGUAAAAGUAACUUUGGGUCCUUUAAAAAGAUCUUUAUGAACAUUUUCUGAAAAAGUAAGAAUGUGAAUGUAUAAAAUCUACAGCUCCACCUACAGGCAAGGCAUUCAUUGCAUGUCAUUGUCUAACCUUACAAGAUUAAUGUCCACAGAUCUUUUUAAUCAACCCCAGGGCAUUUUUACAAGAUAGAAGCACUUAAAGGCAGAUAUUCACAUACACACUGACAGGUUGCACAUCUGCCAGAUAGUCCUACAAAGUGCAAAGCAGUUCUAGCAUCAACAGCGAAUGACUCAAACCAAUGACCUGAUCUGCUAACAUAGAUGAUCAUCAGAACAACCAGGAUUUUUAUGAAUGUGAUGUAGUGAGAUGGUUAAGGUGUCUUUUUAUUUCUCAAUAGCUAUAGAUUUAUGAGUGAAUAUAUGGUAAAAAUAUAUAUAUAUAUAUUUUGGUUUUAUGGGAAACCCCUUUAGCCCCCACCCACUCACCUCUACUAUGAAUGACCCUGCAAGUAAUAAAACAGAACAAUCCACUGCCAAUGACAAAAGAAAGUUCAUAAAGGACCAUCCUAGCCACAAUAAUGAAACCUAUUGUUCAUCAAAUAUUUAAUUAUUAAAUUGUCUAAUCACAAUCUUGCAACCUAUGGACAGAAACGUUGUCUGGCAAACAAUAAUGCAACAUUUCCAUCAGUUGGAAGAAACUGUUGUAUGGUCAGAUCACUAGUACCCACUCUAUAUAAUCUAUAUCCAUCUUACAGCUUGUCCAGUUUGUGUUUUGUGGAGAUUUCAAAGAGUGUCUCCCCCUCUGGAGGACUUGUCCUGUCCCGCAUUACACAGAAAAUCUGUUAAUUUUAAUGGGCACCAUGUAAUACUUAAUUUGCCCUGUGGGGGGGGACACUGAAAGGAAAGUGAGCACUUACCACCAGGUUUUCUAAUAGAUCAUAGCUGAUCACUGUGACACCACAGCUUAAGCAAGAGACUUUUAUAAUUAUUAUUAUUUUUUAACAAGUAGGGAUGGGCCAGGGUGUAGAACCCCUUUUAAAAGGGUUGUCCAGGAUUAGAGUGCAAUGUAACUGAUUUCUUCCGGAAACAGUGCCACUCUUGUUCUCAGUUUGUGCUUGGUUUUGCUCCUCAGUUCAAUAAGAGUCAAUGGAGCCAAGUUGCAAUACCACUAGUAACCUGAGGGCAGAUUUUGUGCUGUCUUUGGAAAAAGGAAGCAAUGUUUUUCUAAUCCUGGACAACCCCUUUAGGAUAUUAAAUACAUGAGUGAGUCAUAUUGUGUUAUUCUUUUUGUGCACAAUAUUGAUGAUUGACAAACUACCUCAAGUGCAGUUUAAAGUGUCUGCCAUUUGUAAACUUAUGGUGGAAUUGUGAAUUCUGGGAUUUGUGCAUGUAAAGGAAAUACAAUGGGACCACAACUCCUUUCCUACCUCUGAAGUUUAACAGGAUUCAACAUUAAUCCGUGUUAGUGUUCCUCAAUCUGUGGUCUCAUGCCCUGGUGGCCGAACAUCCACAGGUUGGGCGCCACUACUACUUAGACAAAUGAUGCUCAACCUGUGGCUCUUGUAAAACUACAAUUGCUACCGUCAUGCCCUGGAGACAGCAGGUAUAGUUUGAUGCAAGUUUUAGUUUUCCAAUAGCGGUAAAGACCAAGGUUGGAGAACCCUGAUUAACACAAACUCAUUCCACCUAUACAGUGAUCCCUCAACUUACAAUGGCUUCAACAUACAAUGGUCUUUUCUGGACCAUUGUAACUUGAAACCAGACUCGACAUACAAUACUACCGACAGUCCAGAUCUGUGAUACCUGUCAAUCAGAAUGGGCAAUUUACUGGUAAAACAUCUGUAUUACUGAAGUGUAUGCACUCACUGAUAUCUGGUAGCGCCCCCUACAGUACGGGGAGGUAUUAUAUGUUCUGUACACUUUACCUGUAUCAGGGUUAGCUGCUCCUCUGGACACCAGGUGAGGGUGACCCCAUGUAACUUUUUUAGGACAUUGCAUGUACUGUACAGGACUCUGAAGAAGCUCCUGUCCUCUACAUAGACCAGUGUUUCCCAAGCAGGGUGCCCCCAGCUGUUGCAAAACUACAACUGCCAGCAUGCCCGGACAGCCUUUGGCUGUCCGGGCAUGCUGGCAGUUGUAGUUUUGCAACAGCUGGAGGCUCCCUGCUUGGAAAACACUGACAUAGACAGUGAUUACAGCUCCCAGCAGAUCUUUAUUACUUUUAUAUGUAAGGAUUUGCUUUAUCUAUAUUAGUUUUCUACUUAUUUAUCUUUAAUCCUCACCUUUUCCUAAAUUUGGAAGACAUUUUGGUGGCUUCAGAACAAAUUACCAGGUUUCCAUAGAGUUCUGGUCUCAACAUACAAUGGUUUCAACAUACAAUGGUCGUCCUGGAACCAAUUAAUAUUGUAACUUGAGGGACCACUGUAUAUAAGUAGCAUCCUGAUUAUUCUUUUUGUCAUUGGUAUGAACACAUUUACACCACAUGGGUACAUUUUAGAUUUCUGGGGUUCGUGGACUCUAUUUCUGGGUUUGACAUAGGUGUGAUUUAAAGGAAACCAGGUAUUGUGGUUAUUUCUAGAAAAUACAAUGUAGUCCUUAAACAACAAAUAAAUGUUGUGUUGUCA